GUUUGUUGUGAGCAGGAAGAAGCGUGAGGAGCCCGCACGGUGUGGUGGUGCAGCAGCAGCAGCAGGAUGAUCCUUUUAAUCUGGUGUCAGCUGAUACAAACUGGACCAAACAGUGUGAAGACAUACUGAAGGGCAACAUAAGCAGAUCUGCACGAUUGCUUUGAGAAACAUCACUUUGGACCUCUGCUGAACCGGGACCAUAAUCAUGUCGGACCUUACCAUUAACUUGUUCCUCUCUGAUGACGCUGCACCGACGAGAACUGUAACAGCCAGCAGGAAGAGGAGGAACCAGCGGCUUCGUCAAAAGAUGCGGUAUUUAAAGGAGAAAGGCCUCCUGGAAGGUAGAGACGCCAGCAACCACAGGGAGGGACAGUCCAGAUGUGGCGCACGUCCACGCCUAAACGGAGCAUCCGCGAGGCAUCCAUUGCUCCCCACUUCCACACACGACACAAGUGUACCUCGUCCGAGUGGCACAGCCAGCGCUUCACACUGUAGCUCCAGACCUUCGACAUCCACACACAGCCUGCCUUCCUCGACUGUGUCUGUGAACCACACAGGCAGCCACGAAAAGCCAAAGGAACCUGUGAACUUAAAACCAACAAGCAGCGCCCACCCACCCUCAGCGUCAAGCAGCCAUAGACCCACGGCCAAGCAAACAUCAGCAGGAAACCCCUCCAAGUACCUCGCGAUUGACUGUGAGAUGGUGGGCACGGGACCGAAGGGGAGCAUCAGCCGGCUGGCACGCUGCAGUCUGGUGUCGUAUGAUGGAGACGUGGUUUACGAUAAGUUCAUCAACCCCUCCGUGCCUGUCACUGACUACCGCACACGAUGGAGCGGCAUCCGGUACAGUGACCUCAUCAAUGCCACGCCAUUCUUUGAGGCCAGGAAGGAGAUACUGAGGCUGCUCAUGGGAAAGGUGGUGAUUGGCCACGCCGUCCACAAUGACUUCAAGGUCCUCGGUUACUCUCACCCCGGCGCCUUGACCAGAGACACGUCUCGAAUCCCUCUGCUCAACCAGAAGGCCGGCUUCGCCGCGAACGAGUGCGCCUCGCUGAAGAGACUCACCAAGGCCAUCUUCAACCGAGACAUCCAGUCCGGGAAGAGGGGCCACUCUUCUGUGGAGGACGCCAGAGCCACCAUGGAGCUUUACAAAGUGGUGGAGGAGGAGUGGGAGAGGACACUGGCCUCCAAACGUCAGGCCAGUUAGUGCCAGGUUUGGAGAGACAGUGUGGAAAUAAACCGAGUUUUAAGUGACAUUUAGUGUUGCAGGUAUUUUGUUUGGACCGACUGACUCGCUGCCUGGUCACAGGGUGGACUUCUUCUACUGUCCUGUUGGCGUGUGAAUGGAGACGCUGCUCAUUCAGUGAUAAACUUCUACCAGCUGAAUUUAAAAACUGUGAUAGCAUCAUGGGAGAGGAAUAUAAGAACUGUUGGGUCAGACCUUCAGUUUCAGCAGUUCUUUCUCAGGGCUUGUUUGUGUUCAAAGGUGCUCCUGCCACCAGGGGGCAGUCAUGUAUUCAUUCCUGCAACUGAAGUACAUCAUUGAAACUGUGUCAGUGAUCCCAUACACCAAAAUAAAUGGUUUCAGGUUUCCACCAGGUAAGUGUUUUCGAUCAGAUGUGCAGUUCAGCUGCUCCAGGACAACACUCAGCCCCGAGUCACGCUACAGUACUGUGGUGUGUAUUCAUCUUCUCUCCAUCCGAGCGUGGAUGAUCAAGAGAAUUUAAUGUCUGACCAAACUGCCACUAAAAGAGCUCACAUGUCAGUUUGGAUUUUUAUAGUUUUAAUUAUCCCAAAGUGAAGAAUUGAGAAAAAAAUGUUUUAAUAUUGUUCAGCUUUGGUGCUUCAGGGAGGGAGCCAGGAUUUUAAAACAGAGAUCAUUAAGGAAGGCAAGUUUAUUUAUACGGCGCCAUUCAGACACGAGGCAAUUCAGAGUGCUUUACAGGGGCAUAGAAAUACAUUAAAGAUGAGAAAACAUUCGAUUGCAAUAAAAAGAAAAUUCAAAGACAGGAAGUGAGAACAAACAAACAUUUAAAGAUGAUAGAAAAGAAAGAAAAUGCACUAAAAAAGACAAACUAAAAAUUAUGUCUUUUAUUGGAAACCCAUAGUGGAAUGAUAAUUUUUUUUUAUUUUAUUUUUUAAUUAAGCCCUGAUUUAAAUUAGUUUAAUUCAGGGCAUUAGCCCUGGGGGUGGCUUUUAUUAUGAGAAGUGGUUAUAUUUAUGGUUGUAUUAUUUGAUAAUUUCCAGACAUAUUUUAGAAUGUGACUAAAAAUGUUGGUUAAAAAAACUGCAAGCAGAGACAUCUAGAAAAAAGGCACCAUUAAAUAAUGUAGGUAUAUUACCAAAAAUAUGAUUACAUGAGCUCAUAAAGCUCACAGGAUGUAGUAUGUUGGAGCUGGAGGCAUAAAUUCAAAAUAAGUGUUAAUGUUGUCACUGAUGAUUAUUCUGGCAAAAUAUUUCAAUACCUGAUUUCCACUGUAAUUGAAAGUUACAUGAUACUGGAUUGCCAAAUUCCCCCACAUUAGCUCUGUGUCCUCCAACGCUCCAUCCUCCAUGUUUGUCAUGACUGUCUUUAUAAAACUGCUACUUGCUGACCCAGCCAGCAUCCAGCUGCUCAUCUGACGUCUUCCCAUUCAGUUGAUGCAACUUUGCUGUUUUGGUAAAUUACAUUUUGUUCUUUCAGAGUUUGUACAGUUUCCUAUGCAAUGUCAGAUGACUUCAGUUGUCUGCUGCAGAUUCAGCUCGGUGCUUAACUUCAAUAAAUCACCACAAGCAUUUUAAGGAAUUGAAAUCUGUACUGUAAUGAAGGUAACUUUCAGCUCGUACCGUCGUCAUUGUACACUGAGAGUCAGGACUGACGUGUAACCUGGUGCAGCAGUGGUGCGCCCACAAAACGGGACACAUUUACCUUUUAUUCAGUUCCACUGUUUUUACUGUACGUCCUCAUGUCAGCUAGACAACACAGUCAGAUGCCAGUCAGCAGAAAUUCUAAUUAGCACCUCUCUCAAACAUUUCCAACUAAAACCUGAACAUUAUGAACUUCAUGACAGUGGGAUUUAUUCCAAUAGACUGCAAUAGUUCACCAGGUGUACUUAAUAAUCUGGCAACUGAAAUAUUUUACUGGAAUUGUAAAAUAUAUGAAUUAACAUGACAAAUAAAUUGACUUAUUGUUAAUUGUGA